CCAGUUCUACGUUACCAGUCAAGCGACUGAGUGCUCUGAGUGACAAUAAGUUGGAAGAUUCUAAAUCCGUUGAGAGUGCAUUUGUGCUGAUUAAAUUCUAAUUAAGUGCAACGUAGUGAGGUUCAUUUAAAAUGUGGAAAGUUGGUUUGCUGGCGAUUCUCUUUAAUUUGUCGACAAGUUCGACAGUGAAAGUUUGCCAAAGUGAAUUAUGUGAUAAUGAGAUACGUACGAAGUACGAGCCCACUUGGGAUAGUCUGGACACCCGACCGCUUCCAGAGUGGUAUGACGAUGCAAAAGUUGGUAUUUUCAUUCACUGGGGUGUUUACUCAGUGCCCAGCUUUGGUACCGAGUGGUUUUGGACAAAUUGGCAAGGCUCAAAGGUUAAGUCCUAUGUGGAUUUCAUGACCGAAAACUAUAAGCCAGACUUUACGUAUCAGGAUUUUGCUUCAGAUUUCACAGCUGAACUAUUUAAUGCUUCCGAAUGGGCUCAAUUGUUUGCGGAUUCCGGGGCAAGGUAUGUAGUUCUUAUAAGCAAACAUCACGACGGAUAUGCAUUGUGGCCAUCUCGGUACUCAUUCAGUUGGAAUGCGCAAGAUGUCGGUCCUAAAAGGAAUAUUAUUGGCGAAUUGGCUAGUGCCAUACGUUCUGACACCUCAAUCCAUUUCGGGUUGUAUUAUUCACUGUUCGAAUGGUUUAAUCGGAUGUACUUGGAUGAUAAGUUACAUUUGUUCCUGCGCGAUGAAUAUGUUCAAAAUAAAGUCCUGCCAGAGCUCCAUGAAUUGAUUGAGACAUUCCAUCCUGAUGUCCUCUGGUCUGAUGGCGAUUGGGAAGCACCACCACCGUAUUGGAAUGCAACUGAGUUCAUUGCCUGGUUAUACAAUGAUAGUCCUGUCCGCGAUACAAUUGUAACCAAUGAUCGGUGGGGAAUUGGGACUGCAUGCACACAUGGAGAUUUCUAUACAUGCCGAGAUCGGUACAAUCCCGGUGUUCUUCAGAAGCAUAAAUGGGAGAAUGCUUUGACUAUUGACAAAACAAGUUGGGGUCAUCGCAGUGAUACCAAACUGAAAAACUUCUUAUCUGCAAAGGAGCUGAUUACAGAGUUGGUAACUACAGUGAGUUGUGGAGGAAAUAUGAAUGUUAACGUUGGACCAACCAAAGCUGGUACGAUAGAAGUCAUUUUUGAGGAGCGACUGAGGCAAAUGGGUAAAUGGCUCAGCAUUAAUGGUGAGGCUAUUUACUCAUCAAAACCGUGGAAAUAUCAAAAUGACACUGUCACAAAGGGAGUUUGGUAUACUACAACUAAAUCGGAUAAUUCGUCAGAUCGUUCCCAUGUUUAUGCGAUGAUAUUAGAUUAUCCCUAUGAUACCAACACCAUAGAUUUGUGCGCAUUAGGAAAAGUGGUGGAUAGUCAAACCAAGAUUAAGGUCUUGGGAGUUCUUAAUGAAAACGUUAAGUGGAAAUCGAGCAAAGACUGCCUAAAUGUAAUUCUGCCGCCCAAAAAUAUUAUGGAUAAAAACGGAUUGGAUUACGCUUGGACUCUUAAAAUAAACAUCCCUAAAUAAUCUUUGGCAUAUAAUAAUUUUAGUGAUUCUAGGUUUAACGUCCGUUACGAAUACUUUUUCUUUAUUUAGAAUUAGUGUCAUAAUUUUAAGGAUUGAAUAAAAGAAGGGUUGAAUUUUUAUUUAUAAUAUACGAGAUCAUCAGUA